AAGCGGAGGCGGAACGGCGGAAGUGCAGUCUGUGUUGGUAUGCGCGUGCGUGGGGCGGUCUCGCGGCCCCGAUCCGGGACCCGGCUCUGACAGGAUGUUGGCCACACAAGGAAAGGGCCAAAAGGAGAGCAGUGUUACAAGGAGAGGAAAUCCCAGGAGCAUCCUGUAUUUGCCUGAUCCUAUCUUUCUGGUGCAACCAUGAGGGUGAAUCAAAAUACGAUGCUUCUGGGACAGAAGGUGAUCCUGGUACCCUACACCACAGAGCAUGUACCCAGAUAUCAUGAAUGGAUGAAGUCAGAGGAGCUGCAGCGGCUGACAGCCUCAGAGCCUCUGACUCUGGAGCAGGAGUAUGCAAUGCAGCACAGCUGGCGAGAAGACUCCGAUAAAUGUACCUUUAUUGUGCUGGACGCAGAGAAAUGGCAGGCACAGCCAGACUCAGCUGAAGAGAACUGCAUGGUGGGAGAUGUGAACUUGUUCCUUACUGACCUGCAAGACCCAACUCUGGGGGAGAUUGAGGUCAUGAUUGCUGAGCCCAGCUAUCGACGCAGGGGGUUUGGCACAGAGGCAGUUCUGAUGAUGAUGGCUUAUGGAAUGACCACACUAAGUCUCAACAAGUUUGAAGCUAAAAUUGGACAAGGAAAUGAGCCUAGCAUAUGCAUGUUUAAAAAGCUUCACUUUGAGCAGGUGGCUAUGAACAGCGUCUUUCAGGAGGUGACACUGAGGUUACUGGUGAGUGAGCCAGAGAGACAGUGGCUUCUGCAGCAGACCAGCCAUGUGGAAGAGAAGCAGUACAGGGAUAGGAACUGGGGGAGCCGUGAAGCUAACAGUUGGUGAUCUUCCCGGGAGCCCUGCUAGCAGACCUUGCCGCAUGGGGAAGACUCUUGGGUGGACGGCGCAAUCUAGUCUAUACCCCUGUGCUGUAAGGACAGUCUGUUUCUUUGGCAGGCGACUCCUCAAAGGCCCUUCCAGGACAAGUCUCAUUUCUCCCUGAUCAGGGGAGCUAAAAUACCUAUAGAUCAUUGACUAGAUUGAAUUUGACUUUUGGUGGGAGCAGCUUUGCUGAACUAAAGAUUGAUAAGGGAAGACCCCAUUUGGAAUCGAGUAGAUAGGAAGAAUCCAUGGAGGAUGGAAGCGUGAAGAUCUACAGCUGCCUCCUUCCCUGAGGCACAGUGUGUGCUGGGCAUGGCUACUGUGUAUGGAGAGGGCCAGGGCUCGUUGCCACCUUGAUGUGAAAUCUAGAUGCAGUUCAGAGAAGCCUGAAGAGUGGAAGAGAGCAGGUUUGAAAAGGGAAGAAGCCAAGAGGAAUCAUUGGAACUGGCCACGUGACCUGGACUGAGGGAGAGCUCUGGAUUGGUCUUUAGCUUCUCUGUACUUCCAGGCUCACAACACACCUUCCCUGACGUGUGGGGGCCCCAUGUCAGGUUCUGAGGAGCAGCACUAACUGGGGCAGGGUCCAAAACCUGCGGUAAUAGAGCAGUGCUUUCCUCUAUUUGCCAACUCAACCCCUACCUGGCAUUACUUUACUGCUUUCCAUAUGGCCACCAGGUGGCAGUAGAGCAAUCUAGGCUCGCCUGGGCAGAACAAUCACUGGGUGAUGAGGAUAAAGGCCCUGGGCACUCAGAGGUGGAGAACUCCCAGAACGACCACCUCUGUUCUGUCUGACCAUGGUGAAAAUGCAGGGCUGUUUCCAGAUAGAUCUGAGCUUGUUUACUCAUCUGUAAAAAUCAAAAUCCCCACCCUCCCAUCUAUUUCAGGCCAUCUUUGACAUUGCUAAUGCUGUCCCUGCCCUGCCUCAGCCACUCCACCCCAUAAUUGGCCUAGCCAGAGAACCCCAAGGGCAUAUAUUUCUUCCUCCUCCUGGCAUGUGAAGCUGGGAGGGGCCCUGGCCCCAGUGCAGCUCUUGACAGGGCAUUCCUCCUAAAUAGUAAGGUUUUCAAGUUGUAGGGAUAGGAGUCGGGGCCAAAAGAUUUAACUAGGUUCAGGUCCAGUGCCCAACUCCCACUUCCCAACCUGUUCAUGGUCUAAUAUUAAUUUUUGCAAAGAUACAAGUCCACAACUCCCCUUUGAAGCCCUUGGGAGAAUUACAAUCCUCUUUAACCACUUUGGUCUUUGGCCUGUCUCUGCCUCAUACAAUUUAGAGCUGGAAGGGCCCUUGAAGAUGAUGGGGCAAUUGAGACCCAGAAAGGUUAACACCUUUCCUAAGUCAAAUGUAACAAAACCCUAUAUUCGAAUCCAACUUCUGGCUCAAAAUUCAGUGUUCUUUCUCCUAGAACACUGCCCUCCCCUGCACAUUUAGGGAAGGGGCUGGGCCUCAGUCAGAGACACGGAAUCCCCUGCUCCUUUUCACAUGGAAUGCACACUAGUACCAGUUAACUGAUACUGCAGGUCCAACCUCUGUGUAUCCCCAGACUCCAGGAACUUCUCACCCCUGCUAGAUAAAACCAAGGAGCCGGAGCCCAGCCUAGACAAUCUAGGUGACUUCGAACACCUGCCUCUUUCAAAGAUAUGGAACAUCAUGCCCUCAUCUUUCUAAGUCUUCAACUUUUAUUUCCCCCAGGCUGCUGCUUUGUGUACAGUUCGUGCUGGGAUUAGAGAAACCAAACUAAUAUUCGAGUAGGGCUCACUGCCUCACCAGAUAAGAUAUCACUGGAGCUGGCUCAGGGGCUCAGCAUUCCCAGGAAUCUGAAUUACCAGAAGGCCAGGCAGAGUCUGAAGCCCACCUCCCCCAGCCUGGGGCUUAAUGCCUCCUAAAAACCCAGGCAUCACUCAACAGAAGUCCUCCCCUCCUUUUCCCCUGCUUCAUUCCAGACUUCUGGACUAGACUAAAGUUUUCAGUUAUAGGGGCCCAAGAGGUAAAUCUGAACCGAGUGACUGGUGCUGAUAGCUGUGUAUGUGUAGGAAUUAGUAGGAAGUUGUA